GCAAAUGUGCAUAUAAAGCGGAACACCAAAAGAUGACGUUAUCUCUUUGUCGAUUAGGUGCUAAUUUACAAAAUGCAUUAAGGAUGGUAUAAAUGUAGCAGCCGACAUUAAAGGUAUUCGGGGAAAGACUUCGUGGCUUUGUCUGGCAAAUCGGAUGUAAACGGAAGUUGGAUUUUUUUCGGUCGUUAAUUCGAUUAACAUCAAACCUGAAAAAGAUCAGUAAUUAAUAUCGAGAAGACAGUUGUGUUGUCUGAGACGGCCUACAUGAAUUAGGUGAUUUUACUAUAAAGAGAUCUCACUAUAUCGGACUGUCUCUUGGAAUCAACAGUUGAAGAAUUCACUCUGGACAGAGAAAUGGAUAUCACGAACGAGAUGUCAAAUGAGAAAAGUGCCACAUUUAGAUUAAUAGAAAAUGGAAUCCUGACGUAUAGAAGAAUGGUAAAGAAAAAAGAUAUUGUGAAAGUGUUUGUAAUUUAUCUUUCACUUUGCCACGUUUGUCCUGCUCACCCGUGUGGCCAAAACCCUCUCCGCAGCCUCAUCAGCAUAUCGUCCAAAACAGGUCACCCACUACGUUCAGUUCUCCUUGCUCUGAGGGAAAUGGAUGGGGGGAUGUAUAAACAGCUUCAGGGCGACUUUCAACGUUAUGCGGGCUGUAUUGGAAUUGUUGAUACCGGUUAUUUCAAACGCUCAGCAGCCUCGGAAUCACCCUCAAAGCAAACACUCUCCAACAACAAAGAUCACGUUUCCGGAUCAGAUAUUUUUGAAACAUGGAUCAAAAGAAAUACUAAGAUACACCGCUUGUCACUUCUGAAAGAGACGAAGAAGCUGCUGGAUAAUGAACUUUUUCCAUUUUCCCAACACUUAACACAGAGAAAUCGAUGACCUGCACGCGAGAUAGGAUAACAAAUGUUGUAUAGUUGCAAUAACUAUCCGGUAUUCAAGUGAAUUUUCGUCUGUUUCUUACCAUUUCAGUUUCAAUAAAGGUGCUUCUCAAUUCGC